CAAACCGCGAAGCAUGGCAUGCUGGGAUACCUCGCUUCAUCAUGGCGGAGUAGAGAGUAGGCUAACGUUAACGAUUAGCAUAUUCAACAACUGGUCAGGUGUCUUUUGACAUUUUCUACACAGGAACUACAGCUACUCAUCAUAAACUGGUGCUGAGUGAAACAGAAACACAGCAAAGUUGUCAGAAGUUUUUGCAAAAUUUUGGUGCUGGCAUAAUGGAGUGUGCUGUGGACGUUCCACCAGGUGAGGAUGAAGCACCUGAGAAAGAUGACAUGAAUGCCAAAGAAGUGACUGAAUCCCCUCAUAAGAAAAACAAGAGGCACAAAAAGCAUAAAAGCAAGAAGAAAAAGAGAAAGAGAAAAGGCGAGAAGGAGAGCAGUUCAGAAUCUGGUGCAGAGUCCGAUGGAGAUUCCCCACCUCAGCCGAGACCUGUCAGGACCACUAGAGCCAGUGCUCGACUGGCUGCAGCAGCUGGAGUUACAGAACAUGCUGGACUGAAAGAGGAGGGGAAAAAAGCUACUACAGAAACAGAGGGUGACACAAAAUCCAAAAAACAUAAAAAACAAGCUGCCAAAAAAAAGAAAAAGAAGAAAAAAAAAGAUGAAAAGAAAUCCCCAUCUCCCUCUGAAAGCAGCUCAGCUUCAGGUUCUGAGUCAGAAGGCGAAGGAGCUAAAAUAGCUGGUGAUGUCAAAUAUUCUUCAGCUCCUGGAUCUGAUCUUAAAGAACCAAUAUCUAAACGGGUUCCAAAAGGCAAACAAGAAGAGGAGGAAGUAGUUCCCAUCCUAUUGCAGAAACCUGAAUUGCUUGACUUGAAGAAAGAAGAGAUGCCGAUAAUGGAUGAAUCCUUCACUGGAGUGAAGAGUUGUGAUGCCAAUGAAUCACAGAAUGAUAAAAGAUCACCCUCUGCUGGCCCAGAUGAGAUAACACAGGCAGAAAUUGUUCAAGUGAAGAUAGAAGAAAGUCCUAGAGAUGGUACAUUCAGCUGUGCUCAGGAAUUGCCUGACAUUAUCCCAAAGCUGGAAGGUACUGCUCCAAAAGACGACCCAUGCCUGAAAGAUCAUACCAGUUCAGUUCAAGUGGCAAAGCUCAAAGAGCACGAUUCAGCCAGGUCUCCAUCUCCACCCAGGAUCUUACAAAUAAAAAAGUCAGAAUCAGGUCCAAGUCGGUCACCAUCACCUAGUUUUAGCAAGGAACAGUCAAGUGCUCAUCCAACUGAAUUAGUGAAAGAACGGUCUAGAAGUCAGUCAAGGUCGAGCUCAAAAGAAAGACCGUCUCCAACUCCUUUAAAGAGCCGACCGCUAGCCCAUUCUAAGUCUCGCUCUGUGUCCCCUAAAUCCACAAAAAAAUCCCCAAUUUCUACCCGUAAGUCUCCAAAGAAAUUAAUACGCCGUUCCCCAUCGGCCUCUCCUUCUGUUACUCCCAAAAAGAAGGUGUCAAGAUCUCCAAGGAAGUCCAAGUCUCCUAAGCGGCAGAGAAACUCAUUGUCUGUUUCCCCAAAGCGACGCAAGAGUUCUCUCUCUCCCAAAAGAAAGGUAUCACGAUCUCCUAAACGUGGUGGGCGAAGGUCCCCCUCCUUAUCUCGAUCUCCAAGAAGAAGAUGGAAAUCAAAGUCACGUUCUCGUGGAGGUACAAGGUACUCAAGGACUCGAUCACCUCGGCGAAGUGGUGCAGGUAGGCGUUCAUUGUCACGUUCCGUCACUAGACCCCGCCGCUCCCAUUCGAGAUCUAGACGCCUUGUAGGUCGAUCCAGAUCAAGGUCAGUAGGAAGGCGUGCAGGAGGCAGGCGCAUAUCCCGGAGCAGAUCCUUAUCUCGACGCAGGAGGUCACCUCUCCCAAGAUCUCGCCGCUCACGGUCUCGGUCAGUCCGCAGGAGCAGGCGAACCCGUUCACGGUCCAUUGCUUUGCCUAAGCGCACCCGUCGCUCCAGAUCCAGGAGUCCUCGCAAACAAAGCAGAUCUAGAACUCCUCCUCCUCGCCGAAAGUCUAAAACUCGUUCACCGGUCAGAAGACGUUCUAGAUCCCCUGCAAGGAGGAAUCGUUCUCCACCGAGGUCUAGCAAACGCUCCAAGUCUCGCUCAUUGUCUCGGAGGCACCGUUCACCACAACAUAGCAAAAGGAGGUCCAAGUCUCCGAAGAAGAGUGGGAGGAGGUCAAAGUCUAAAUCUCUCUCUCCACCUGUCAACAAGUCGAGGUCUGUAUCAAGUGAUGGAAGGUCUGCAAGCUCAUCUUCAGCUAGAUCUGUAUCUUGCACUCCAGUCAAAGCAAAGAAGUCUCCCUCUCCUACUACAGAGGAAACAUCAGAAGCAAAGAUAGUUGAAGAAAAUGGAGGACACUCAGUUGAAGCAGCUGCUGAUCUGAAACCAAUUAUUUCAACAACUGACUCCAAUUCCCAAGGUGGAGAUUCUACAGAUAAAUUGCAAGAUAAGUUGCAGGGUCAGCUUGUUCAGUAUACGGACUGGUAUAUUCCCAGUUCCAGAUCUCCUUCCCAUGAGCCAGCCUCUGGUUCAGAUGGUUCAGAAGGGUCAGAUGAAGAUGAGGAAUCUCCUGUCAAAGCAGUAUCUAAAAGCCAGAAACAAUCUUCAAGUUCAGCAUCUCCAGAACUACCAGUGAAGAAGCUGUCCAAGUCACGCUCACCUGCUGAUCUUGGGAAACUUUCUGGUUCGACUUCCAAGUCUACAUUCAGAAAAAAGUUGUCACGAUCAAAGUCUCCAGUGAGGAAAAGAGAGUCGGUCUCUCCAGCAGACAGAAAGAAGCGACGGUCCAAAUCUCGAAGCCCUGCUCGAAAGCGGCGGUCACAAUCUCGUUCUGCCGCACGUCGUAAGCGCUCAUGCUCCAAAUCACGAACCAGAAACAGGCGAUCCAAAUCCCGUUCUCCAGCUCGCAAGAGACGUUCCCGGUCACCAAAUGUCCGUGGAAGGAGGAGGUCCAAGUCCACUGACAGGAAUAAGCGAUCCAAGAGCCGCUCCAUGGGCCGGAGGAAAAGGUCCAGGUCAGGAGACCGAAGCAGGAGAUCACGUUCCCGUUCCUCAGAUCGUAGACGCAGGUCCAGGUCACGAGGUCGAGGGAGGAGGCCAGUAUUUCGCAGUCGGUCAUUUGACAGGCGAGACAGAUGGAAAAGGGAACCAAGCCACUCUCCAGUUGUAAUUCUUCGCAAGCAAAGACGCUCAGGGUCUCGAACUCGACGCAGCCCAAGCAAAACGCCACCUCGACUUACUGAUCUGGAUAAGGACCAGUUGCUUGAAAUAGCCAAGGCCAAUGCUGCUGCCAUGUGUGCUAAGGCAGGGGUUCCUAUUCCUGAAAGUCUUCGACCAAAAGCCAUCCUCCAACUCCCUUUGCCCACUCCAUCUCCUUCCCCCAUCUCAUUACCUCUACCGUUACCUCUUCCAAUGGGCAUGGGAAUGCCGAAUAUGCCCAACAUGGGUCCACUUGGAUUGUCCUCUAUUCCAGGAAUGCCCACUAUGUCAAACAUCACCAUGAGUGCUGCUGUGGCGAGUAUGACAGCAGCCACCAUGACGGCUGCCUUGACCAACAUGGGUGCCCUGGCGGCCAUGCCACCCCUUGCCCCUCUUCCUACAAUCACUAAUAAGCCUCCCCCGUGCCUUGCCCCCCCAGCACCAUCUCUAAACCUGGACCACAUUGAGGAAGCAAAGAGGAAAGUCACUCAGCAGGCCAACAUACACACCAUCAAGGAACUUACAGAGAAAUGCAAGAUGAUUUCAAAUAGCAAGGAGGAAAUGGCUAUCGCUAAACCCCAUGUCUCAGAUGAUGAAAGCUAAAACAGCCAAGUCCUUGAGGACUGGAGCAAAAUGUAGGAUUCUUAAAAGAUGGACCUACUUUUCCCACAGCUCCCUCUGUUAACCCGAUGGACUUGCAGAGAAGAGGAGCUCCCCUAGAUGUCGCUGUAAAAACGUAGGAGCACUGGCAGCGGUCACUGCCCCACACUUCUCCCAGUUUAAUUCUGUUUGUUUGAGAGCAAAAGACGUGCGGACUUUCACCUAUGAAACAACUGAGAAAACAGGACACACUGAGGUGUGCACGGUUAUGACUGUACAGCAAGUUUUAGUGUGUGUGUGUGGAUUUCACCACCAUCCCACCAGUGCUGCCACUGAACACAAACAGUUGUAAAACCCGAAGAGGAAACAAACCAAACUAACUCGUGGGGCACGUGUGUUUUUGUAUACAUUCUAAGUUUCUUUAAUUUAGUUUUGCCUGUUGUUCUUUCCUGAGAUUUGUAUCAAGUAAAGACAGCUUCCUUGUUCUUUUGUACCACCCACUCCCCAGUUACCUGUAGUUCCCAGUUUUAUGAUCCCAGUAUUGCAGAUGAAGUCAGAGAUAGUAGAUCCUUACUGGUGAUACCAUUAC